UAUCUUCCAGUGCUCCAAAAAUGGCGUAUUCUAAGUCACUCAUCUUUCUGUUACUCGUACCUCUUCUCUGUUACUAUUAUACACCGAUAACGAAGAAGCUUCUUCCUCAGACUGAGAAUCCAGUGAAGCACGCAAGUGAAGCAGAAGGAGGAAACAAUUAUGAACUUCAGAAACAGAUACUUGAACUACGACAAGAAGUGGAAAUACAACGCAAGAGGAGUCUCGAAGUGGAAACUCGAGCUGAAAUCGCGGAUAAGAAAGUUGCGGAACUUAGCUCAAAGCUUGAAAAUAUCGAUGGGAAGUGGCUCUUGUCUAAGUUUGGUCUAGUCCCAAAUAAAACUUUGGCAUAUAUUAUGACUCUAUGGAAUCAACAUCUUAGCCAAACUCUUCAAAAGAAUUCACAGAAAUGGAUUCCAAGCAUCAAAGAUGCGUAUGUGACAUUAACCAUUUAUCUCGAGCCAAACGUUAAAUACUUAACCGAUGAGUCCAUCAAGCUGUUCCAUACGUGUAAGCAGGCUCUGACCCCACAUCUCAUCCAAGCAUUCAACAUUUCAUACUACUAUCUUGAGGUAAGACAAGUUAUGACCAUAGGGAAACCACACUUGGAGAAAGUACAAGUUGCCUUGGAGGCAUAUCUCGAAAACGCAAGACAUGGCUUCGAGAAGUGGGUUAACUCGACCAAAAUCUUUGGGAAGACAAAAUAAGGAAAAGCUUUGCAGCGGGUAGUAUUUAUUUAUUUAUUUAAUAAUUUCAAGACUGAGGGAACAAAUUAAAUUUCAUUGCAAUUUUCUAAAACAUAUUCAUGGCAUGCGUCUACUAUGAUCUUUAGUCAAAAAUUUCGAAAA